UGUGCUUGCUUUGUGAACUUCUUGCGUACAAGAGAGAGAGGGAGUAGAAGAAGAAGAAGCAUUCUUUUAUUCCUUCUUUAAGAUAAAGAAAACCCAAAAUUAAGAGUAGAUUAACCUUCAAUAAUCCAACCAACUUAUACACCAAUGUCUUCUGGGUCUUGAAAUUAUUCCCAAUUAGCGACACUUGAUUCUUUCUCUCUCUAUAUCGCAUUCGAUCGGAUCUGAAAAAGCUGCUAAAGUUCAGUUCUGUACAGCUAUGAAUCUUUAAUCAGAUCAAUUUGAUUAUUUGAAUGGAUUCACUUAUUGAUGGAGUCGGUUCUUUGUCAACUAGCCAUACCUCCGCCACGUUAUUAGGGUUCAACCCACCCGGCAAAACCCGCCCACCACAUCACCCAAAAUCCGAUACCAGUUCAAAUCGAUCUCAUAAAGCCUCCAAUGACCACAAAGGAAAAUCCUAUAUUGUGGGACCCAACACAAUCCUUGAUCAAACCGCAAAAGAAUACUUCCACAAACAAAUUUCAGCACUCGAAGCCAAGGCCGGAAUCAAGCAUUCCGAUUCCGACCCCGAGACCAUUGACUCAAUUACAUUCUGCCCGAGCCCACAAAGUAGUUUAUACUCCCUUACAAACUUCACCGAUACCAAACAAAGCUUUACAAACACAGAAGUCAGCGAAUCGGUCAAAAGUGGUGAAAUUGGGAUUCCGAGUGUUUAUCGGGGCAGCACGGGCAGCGAUGUAAGUGAGGAGAGCAGUUCGGGCAGUUUCACGAGUGCGGUUUAUAAACCACACAAGCAAAAUGACUCGAGAUGGGAAGCGAUUCAAGUCGUGAGGUCGAUGAAUAAUGACACGGGUAUUUUGGAAAUGAAACAUUUUAGGCAUUUGAAGAGAUUGGGGUGUGGAGAUAUUGGGAGUGUUUAUCUUUCGGAAUUGAUUGGGACACGGAGUUAUUUUGCCAUGAAAGUUAUGGAUAAAGCGGCUCUUGCGAGCCGGAAUAAGCUAUUGAGGGCGCAAACGGAAAGAGAGAUUUUGCAGUCGUUGGAUCACCCGUUUCUUCCUACUUUGUAUAGUCAUUUUGAUACCGAGAAAUUGUCGUGCUUGGUGAUGGAGUAUUGCCCCGGUGGAGAUUUGCACGCGCUUAGACAAAAACAACCCGGGAAACAUUUCUCCGAACAUGCGGCGCGGUUUUACGUAGCGGAAGUUCUCCUAGCUAUGGAGUACCUACACAUGCUCGGGAUCAUCUACCGAGACCUCAAACCGGAAAACGUUUUAGUUCGUGAAGACGGUCACAUAAUGCUUUCCGACUUCGAUCUCUCUUUACGAUGCGCCGUGAACCCAAAACUCGUCCGAUCGGCUAACCCAACCAUGGACCCCAAGAACUCCAACUACUGCAUCCAACCAUCUUGCGCUGUUCAACCCGCGUGCAUCCAACCCUCAUGUUUCGUCCCCCGGUUCAUGUCCAAAUCCAAAAAAGACAAAAAGCCCAAACCCAAAUCCAAACCCAAAACCGAAAUCUACAAUCAAGUCUCACCACUCCCCGAGCUCAUUGCGGAGCCCACAAGCGCCCGCUCCAUGUCAUUCGUGGGGACCCACGAAUACUUAGCCCCCGAAAUCAUUAAAGGCGAAGGACACGGAAGCGCGGUUGACUGGUGGACUUUUGGGAUUUUUUUGUAUGAACUUUUGUAUGGAAAAACACCGUUUAAAGGGAACGGAAACCGGGCUACAUUAUUUAAUGUAGUGGGGCAACCGUUGAGGUUUCCGGAUACUCCAGGGGUUAGUUUUGCAGCUAGGGAUUUGAUCAGGGGGUUAUUGGUAAAAGAGCCGCAGCAUAGAUUGGCUUAUAGAAGAGGGGCAACUGAGAUUAAACAACAUCCGUUUUUUCCAAGUGUGAAUUGGGCUUUGAUCCGGUGUGCUACGCCGCCGGAUGUUCCUGGGCCGUCGAUGGAAAAUGGAGGGGUGGAUGUGAAGCCUUCGGAGAAUUACUUAGAAAUUGAUUUCUUUUGAAUGGGUUUAAUGGAUUGUAUGAUGGAAUUUGUUGUUUUUAUUGGUUAUGUUUAUUGUGGUGUAAUUCGCUGCAAAAUGCAGAUUUGUUCGUAAUUGUAUUUUUAGUUGGAAUAAUUUGUUAACGGAAAGGGAGGUAUAUUAUUGGGAAACAUGCUGAAGUGUAAUCGAUUGCCACA